AUGAAUUAAAAAACAUUUUUCUACUCUCUAAUAUAAUAUAAAGAAUAAACAGUUCUUUAUUAAUUUUAAAUAUGGCGUCCUUUUCAUCAAUUGUGAAUGAUGACAGCAAGAAAUAACCGCAAUAUUGAAUCAUAUUAAAUUGUUUAUUUAUUUUGCAUUUUUGUGGAAAAUAUAUUCCAAAUGGAGAGAUCGGUAACAUCUGAGCAAUCAGCUACUCAAAUACAAACAGAAACAGAUGUUACAGAUUCUGCAUCUCAGGAUGUUCCUACUGUUCGAUUAUGUCUUAGAAAACCAAGAUCAAAUAAGAAGGUUCAAUGGACUCAGGGUACUGUAGAUAAUGAACAUAUGAAUAAAAAGAAAUCUAAAUGUUGUUGUAUUUAUGAAAAACCAAGAAGUUUCUGUGAAAGUAGUUCUGAAGAUAGCGAUGAUGAAUGUGAACAUUGUCAUGGUCAUAAAGAUGCUCAUAAAAAAAUUCUACAACGUAAUGCAGAAACAUCUAAGGAAGAAAUGUCUCCUGCUCCAGAAUCAAUGGUAAAUGUAUCUACAUAAAUAUUUUAAUAAUAUAAAUAAUUUCUUUAAAUGG